AAUCACGGUUUAUCACUUGUCAAUUCCAGACGUGUCAGUGUUAUUACAUUUUUCAAAUUCAGAAAAUGCGAUAUUAUGAAAUUUUGAAAAUUUUGAGAUAUAAUAUAUAAAUUCUCUAUUUUUCAAUCACAUCUUAUUUAUUUCAAGUACCUACAGAUAUGGGAAAUUCUGUGUCUGCUGCAGAAAUAGCUAAAUCAGCUGCCACUCAACUAAUUAAUCCAAACGAAACAGCUAAUUUUGAACAUGAUCAUAAACGAGUUAUUACGAACUUUACUGGCGAAAUUCCACCAGAAUGUCCAAUGCACAAUCGAAUGAAUCAAAAGAAAACGGAAUCUGUGUGUCCAGUAACGCAAAAUGAAGAAAUAAACCCCUUAAAUAUGAUGGAGCCAGCAAACCAAAAGCCAUCUCCAGGUCAACCGUUUUCACUAUCUACUAAGCGUGAAAUCUCCACUAUACCAAAGGCAGUAGUAAAAGAAGGCGAAGAUCCUUUUUGGGUAUAUCCUAGCGCACAGAUGUUCUGGAACGCUAUGCUUAGAAAAGGUUGGAAAUGGAGAGACGAUCAAAUCAGUCAAGAAGACAUGGAUAACAUAAUCAAGAUACACAAUGCUAAUAAUGAACAGGCAUGGCAAGAAGUUCUUAAAUGGGAAGCUUUACAUGCUCAAGAGUGUAAAUAUCCAAGGUUAAAGAGUUUUGGUGGUAGGGCCAAGGAUUACAGCCCCAGAGCAAGAAUGCGACAAUUAUUGGGAUACGAAUUACCAUUCGACAGACACGAUUGGAUAGUUGAUAGAUGUGGCAAAGAAGUCAGAUACAUAAUCGAUUAUUAUGAUGGUGGAGAAUGUGAUGAUAAAUAUAAAUUUGCCCUUUUGGAUGUCCGGCCUGCGAUGGAUAGUGCUGAAAAUGUCUGGGAUAGGAUGAAAGUGUGCUGGUGGAGAUGGUUCUACAGAGAUUAAGUUGUGGUAGUUUUAGAAUCGAUCGUUAAUGGUGGCAUCUUUGUUCGAUUAUAUUUGGCAACAGAUUUUUUUUUCAAAAAAUUCAAUCAAGACGUAUUUAAAGCUUAGAUUUAAUUUUGAAAAAUAUUUCAGUAGGAUAUAAACGAUUUUAUUGUAUAUAUAACGUACAUUUACAAAUAAAUUUGUUAUUUAACACGUUGACUGACGUGAAUUUUGGUUUAUCUACAGUUUAUGGGGUUUUAAAACCUCAGUUCGUUUUGCUAUGAUGAUUUGGACGUUUUUGAAUGUUUCAAAAAAUAAAGGAUUUUUUU